CUCUUCUUUUUUUUUGUCAGAUUGUUUGAGAUUAGGGCUUUUUCUCUUGCCAAUUACUUCUACGGUCAAUGAGUGGACUGCAAAAUGUAUUUCCAAAGCAUAACAAUUUGUCUAAAAAUUUGCGUGAAAAUUUUACUGUCAGUUGAUGGUUAAUAUGAUUUUUUGAACACUGUUGGAAUUAUGUAUAGCCUCGAUAACCGCUAAAAUGCUGUUUUGUUUGCUUGUGUCCUUGCUUUAGUUAGCCAGAGACGUCCAGAAUGCUGCUGUUUAAUUUACUCCAGAAUUUCAACUCUUUCUUAUCUUGUUAGUCACAGGGCCUGGAAAUAGAGAUGAACAUCCAUUUUGUCCUUUUAAUUUAUCAUUAGUGCAUGCACAUCUUUUGGGAACUUCAUACUAGCAUGAUACAAAAAAUAACAGCUAUCCAAUUUUGAGACCAUAGUAUUCAUCAAUUUAGUACCACUAUGUUGAUUUCUCACAUUCUAUGAUGCAUUGAGUUAUACAACUUUAGUAUGUUUAACAAAUAUGGCUAGAAGUCUUGCAAUUCUUAACUAUUGAUUGUUGAGACUUCCUUAAUCAUUUGUUUUAAAUUCUUUCUUUAUUUUUAAUUUUUUUUUCUUGUGUCUGACUUUAAUUGACAAUCGACGAUUGGACUUAAAUUACUUGGAAGUAGAUACUUUACACAUGAGGUUAUGUUUUGUGUUUCAUGUCAUCCCUGCGUAUCAUAAAUUGUGUGGAGCAAUGUGAGAGAACUGGAAUAAUUGGUGACCAUACAAUUGAACAAUGCCUGUAUUCCAGCAAUGAUCUGUCCCUCAAUAGUUCAUGGUAUAUACAAGAGCCACUUUAUUUGCAGUGGAAGCAACUGAACUAUAGGAACUGCUGACUGUCGAGGAACUGUGGGAGAGAGUUAAACUUCUAAGAAACUAUGAGAAGGCUAUUGAAAUUAUUGACAAGCAUAUGAGUUCUGGCCUAAAUUACUUGUGCACAAAAUAAAACAACGACUAACCAAAAUGACUCAAUGUCGAAUCCGCAUGAGAAAGCUUGAAUUGAAAGUGAGGGAAAAGAUAAUGACAGUGCCCAGAAAGGAGAAGAGAGAAGCUAGGAGGGAGGAAAAAACUGAAAAGGCUGCAGUUUUGGAUAAGAGCAUCGAGACUGAACUUCUAGAGCGCCUGAAGAAAGGUGUUUAUGGUGACAUAUACAACUACCCUGUCGAGGCAUAUAAUAAUAUCUUGGAAAUGGAAGGUCUCCAACCAAGUGCAACUGAAGAAGAAGAACAGGAGGCAGAAAUAGAGUAUGUUGAAGGCAAUGAUGGACUUGAAGAGGAAGAGGACAUGGAAGAUUUUGAUGGUCUCAUGAAUGAUGAAUCCUUUUUGGGCAAUGAUGAAGAUGGAAUGCAAGAAGAUAAUGAAGAAAUGGAUCGUUUAGAACAACACAUUCCUAAGAAACUACGAGCACUGUUGGAAUCUAAAUCACAAAAGACAGAUGGUGACUAUGCUGGCAAAAAGCCAAAUAGAAAGGGCCGGGUAAUAAUUGAGGUUGAGGAGGAAGGAGAUCCAAAACAGAAGGCACUUUUGUUAGAUUGAUUUCAUACAUGUGCUUUUCCUCCUUUUGUUGGCAUGUGGAAGAUCAUCAUCUAUACUCAUUAAACUAUAUGCACUGGGGUGCACCAAAAAUAUGGUAUGGAGUCGCAGGGAAAGAUGCCUUAAAAUUAGAGGAAGCUAUGAAAAAAAAUCUGCCAGAUUUGUUUGAAGAACAACCAGACUUGCUGCACAAUCUUGUAUGUAUAUGUUUGGUUAUGUCUCAUGUGCAUUUUUUAUAUGUCGAGAUCUCCUGGUGCCUUAUCAAAGGGAUGAAAAGAUUGGACUUUUUGAUGGAGUUGGUGUGGGAAGACUGGAUUUAUUAUGGAAUUGAUGAUCAACAAUGUUGGACAAGGUUGACAUGAAAGAAUCAACAAGUGAGAAAGAGGAGUCCAAUGAAAUUCUACAAGUUGAAGAUUGUGAUGGGGCUUGGGUUGACAAUAAUUACUUGCAAUCCUAUAUGG